CACCAUCAUCAUCACCAAGCGUCUUAUGGCGGCGGCGGCGGGGGAUACCCUGGUCAGGCCUACCGCCAACAACAACCACCUCCCAGCAAUCCUUACCCUUACGGUCAGCCGCCGCCCCAACAGUAUUCGGGAUCGCAACCGCCCCAGGGCGGCUAUAAUGUAUGUCAAGCGAGCCCGAGUCUUAUUUUCCUGUGCAACGGACGGUUAAUGGCAGGCAACGGACCCCCUCCUCCGCCAAGUGAACCGGUGUCUUUCGGUCAUGGCGCGCCGCAAGGCUACAGCUUCCAGUACUCUCGUUGCACGGGCAAGAGAAAGGCGCUAUUGAUUGGAAUCAACUAUUUCAACCAGAAAGGCCAACUCCGAGGAUGUAUCAACGAUGUCAAAAAUAUGUCAACAUACCUGAAUCAGAACUUUGGCUAUGCUCGUGAGGACAUGGUCCUGUUGACGGAUGACCAGCAAAACCCUAUGAGCCAACCCACAAAGGCCAACAUCCUCCGGGCUAUGCACUGGCUGGUGAAGGAUGCGCAGCCUAACGACUCUCUGUUCUUCCACUACUCUGCAGGCCACGGCGGUCAGACCCCUGACCUGGACGGCGACGAGGACGACGGAUACGAUGAGGUGAUCUACCCGGUCGACUUCCGCGCCGCGGGACAUAUUGUCGAUGACGAGAUGCACCGCAUCAUGGUCAAACCACUUCAGCCCGGAGUGCGGCUCACAGCGAUCUUCGAUUCGUGCCAUUCUGGAUCUGCCCUGGAUCUGCCUUACAUCUACUCGACCCAAGGAAUUCUCAAGGAGCCCAACUUGGCCAAGGAGGCGGGUCAGGGUCUGCUGGGCGUGGUCUCGGCAUACGCGCGGGGCGAUAUGAGCAGCAUGAUGUCAACGGCAGUGGGAUUCUUGAAGAAGGCGACCAAGGGAGACGAGGCGUACGAGCGUACCAAACAGACCAAGACAAGCCCGGCAGACGUGAUCAUGUGGUCGGGCAGCAAAGACGAUCAGACCAGCCAGGACGCACAGAUUGCCGGACAGGCCACGGGAGCCAUGUCGUGGGCGUUUAUCAGCGCGCUCCGCAAGAACCCACAGCAGAGCUACGUACAGCUGUUGAACAGCAUCCGCGACGAGUUGGCUACCAAGUACUCGCAGAAGCCGCAGCUGAGCAGCAGUCAUCCCUUG